UGCCACCUCGGCCCAGCAUUGCCGCUGAGAUGUGGGCGACGAGCAGAUAUCCGGCCGCCCGCCGACUAUAAGAGCGGACGACGAUCAUGAUGGGCUUACCGACCUGGUUCUCGAGCUCUCCAGGCCCGCUGCCAUCAGUCACUCCUUGCUGCCUAUCAUGCUGCUCAUCCAGCUCGCCGCCGCCGUCGCCUCCGGGCUCGCCAUCCACGGCGCCGGAGCCAGCCCCGUCCUCGCCUCGAAGCGUUAUGUCCCGGCCACCCACUCGCUCCACGAGCGCCACGAGCCCCAGCAGGCGGCUCACUGGUCCCGGCGGUCCAAGGUGCCCUCGUCGGCCCUGCUGCCCGUCCGCAUCGGCCUGGCCCAGGGCAACCUCCAGGCCGGCCACGAGCGCCUCCUGGCCAUCUCGGACAAGACGUCCGAGCACUACGGCAAGCACAUGACGGCCGAGGAGGUCAUCGACUUCUUCGCGCCGCCCCAGUCCCUCGUCGACGCCGUCGCCGACUGGGUCAGCAGCGCCGGCAUCAGCCGGGAGCGCAUCGGCCACUCGGCCAACAAGCAGUGGCUGCAGUUCGACGCCACGGCCAAGGAGGUCGAGGAGCUGCUCUACGCCGAGUUUCACGUCUGGCAACACAAGGACGGCUUCGAGGACAUCUCGACCGACGCCUACCACGUGCCCAGCCACAUCAAGGAGCACAUCGACUACAUCACCCCUGGCACCCGCCUGCGCGCCAUCAAGCGCACCGCCGAGGCCAAGGGGCAGCAGAAGAAGCAGAGACGCUCCGGCGACCUCAACAUCCGGCCCGAGCCCCUCUACCGCACCAGCUUCAAGGGCCAGCCAGACCCCUUUGUCAUCAACGCCACGUCGUGCGACGUCAACAUUGUCGCCGACUGCCUGCGCCAGCAGUAUGGCAUCACCCAGCUCCAGGGCAAGGCCCAGCCGGGCAACGAGCUGGGCAUCUUUGAGAGUCUCGACGAUCACUACAGCAAGCACGACCUCGAUGUCUUCUUUAGCACUCUCUACCCGCACAUCCCCAACGGGACGUACCCGAUCGAGAAGGGCAUCGACGGCGCCGUCGGUGCGGUCGAGGAGGCCACCACGAUCCCCAUUGAUGCCGGUCCGGGCGGCGAGUCGUCGCUCGACUUCGAUUCGGCCAUUCCCCUCAUCUACCCGCAGAAGACGGUACUCUUCCAGACCGACGAUGAGUGGUACGAGCAGGAUCAGGUGAAGAACACGACCAAGUUCUUUGGCUUCUACAACACCUUCCUCGACGCCAUCGACGGUAGCUACUGCUCCUACCAGGGCGGCAACUGCAACACCGCCGACUGCCUCGACCCCACGUACCCGGACCCCAACCCAGGCGGCUACAAGGGCAACCUGCAGUGUGGCGUCUACAAGCCGACCAACGUCAUCUCCGUCUCGUACGGCGCCUCGGGCCUGCCGGACAACUACAUCCGCCGGCAGUGCCACGAGCUCAUGAAGCUCGGCCUGCAGGGCACCACCGUCAUCGCCUCGUCCGGCGACGAUGGAGUCGGCCGCCCAGGCACCUGCCCGCUCGGCGCCGCUGGGCAGCCCGUCUUCUACACAAACAUGCUUGCCGAGUGCCCCUACGCGCUGAGCGUCGGCUCCACGGAGCUGAACCGCUUCAACAACACCAACGGCUACCCGACCGCGCCGCCCACGGGCUUCGAGAAGCUCGAUGAGAUUGCGACCCGCCGUUUCUUCUCUGGCGGCGGCUUCUCCAACGCCUUUGACGCGCCCGAGUGGCAGAAGGCCGCCGUGGCCAAGUACUUCUCGGCCAACACGCCCCAGAAGCUCGGCUUCACGGGCUACGACCAGCCCGUCAAGGACAGCGAUUUCUCCAAGGUCAAGGGUAACGCGCGGUACUACAAGCACGGCAGGGGAUACCCGGACAUUGCGGCCAUCGGUGACCGCCAGGUCGUCUAUUUUGGUGGGCUGUGGUACCACAUUGGCGGCACGUCGCUCAGCGCGCCCGUGGUCGCGAGCAUGGUGACGCUGGUCAACGAGGAGAGGCUGAAGAAGGGCAAGGGGCCUGUUGGGUUCUUCACGCCGGCUUUGUAUGCCAACCCGAGCGUCCUGCACGACAUCACCGUUGGCAGCGCCGCGGGCUGCAACACGACGGGUUUCCCCGCCGGGCAGGGCUGGGAUCCAGUCAGUGGCUGGGGAUCUCCUAUCUUCCCCAAGUUCUCUGCUCUGCUGCAGAGUCUGUGAAGUGGUAAGGCUCGGUUGGAACCCACGUUCUGUUAGCGAUGACACGCCGUGGAUUGCAUCGACUGCUUAGGCUUUAGCGCGGACGGUCUGGGAUACGGUCUUGGAUUGGAGAGAGCGAGACGAUGCAUCGAGGGAAUGGGGUAAUGAUUUGCCACAUAGACAUCUUGAAUACAUACAUGAUCAUGCAACAUCAA